CACGCAUACAUAAGGCGUUUGUUUCAUUCGCGUUGACGAGAAAUCUGCCCCUCCUUCGGGUGCUCGAUUGUACAGGAGAUAGGAAGAGGUUUAUGAAGGUGAGCGCAUGCUGGAUUCAUUGUGUUGCCAUGGAUACCGGUCGUUAAACCCCGAGCGACAUUUACUCGUGGCCGCGUGGGGUAAAAAUACCCGAGGCUCUUGCAUCAGUGGUAUUUUUGGGACCCGGAGUGGGUACUGGGUCUCCGCGCGUGCGAGUUCCACACAGUCGGGAGGAUGAGGGGUCCGGCUGUGGUCCCCCCUGCUCAGGUGCUGCUGCGGGGACGGGUCCACCAACCACGCGUGCUUGUAAAACCCCGGUAAUUCCGUGAAGAUUCGCCAUGUGGAGCGCGUUUAUGAACGGCGGCGGGGGCGGUGCGGGCGGCGGCUACGUCUCGGCGCCCGGGUGGGAGUUCGUCCCCUGCACCAGGAUGGAGAAGUCGGAGAGAGCGAGGGGCAAGAACCCGCUGAGGAGGGUCUCAUCCCCGCCCACCGUCUUCAGCCACAGCUACGAGCAGGGCUUCGGAGCAGCGGCGGAGGGAGACGGUGGAGAAAACCUGGGGCUCCUCAAGGGACAAAUGUGGCCCGCUUCUGAACCGCAGCAGCAGCACAACCGGCUGAAGAAGAAGCUGGAGGACUUGAAGAGGAGACAUGUGCAGGACAAGGAGGAGUGGACGAAGGAGAAAGAGUCUUUGUUGAGAGAAGUGGCGGACAUACAAGGAGGGGAAAACAGGAGGAUCCUUCUGGACUUGAAGACAGUUUUGGAGGAGGUGCAGUUGGAGCUGAAGAGAGAAGAGGAGAAGAGGAGCGAGCUCCAGCUGCAGUACGCCAGAGACAGAUGUGCCUGGGAGCAGGAGAAGGCUGAGCUCAAAUGCAGGAUUGUGCAGCUGGAGGCUAGAGAGGCCAGCGGGUCGGUCGGUGGAGGUCCUGGCUUUGUGGCCGCUCAGAGAGCUCGAGUGCAGAACGGCGAGACUUCAAGAGAGGAGCAGCGGAGGACUCGGAGAGACUCGGCUGGCAUGGACCUGCGCUGCCGACCGGAGCAUGACAGGGACUGGUCGAGGGAGAAGGCCGAGCUGCUGGAGAAGUUUGACGUGGAGAGGCGGGAGUGGGAGAGCCAGCUGAAGGACAUGCAGAGGAAAAUUGAAGAGUUGUACUGUGAGGUUCGGGCCAAGCGUGAAGGAAUCCGGCGAGGCGGUGGGAGGCAAGAGGAGGAGGACGUGCAUCUCCUCAGUGUUCGAUCCACAAGCACCGGAGAGUCCAGUCUGCUGACCGACAACUCAAGAUCUGAGCCCGACAGCUGCGGCAGCCCGUCAGGAGACCACCAGUAUGGGCCUUUACCUGUCGGCGCCAUGAGAGAGAGCAACUGCUACCAAGCAGACGACUUCAUUGAAAUGAGAAGUCAAGGUCACAGAACACACGACCUGCCUCUGGAAAAUGUUAGCGGCCUGCCCGGGGGGAGUGUGUGGAACACCUCUGAAGAAAGUCCUCUGUUGACGGAGCAGAGUUACAGGAGCAUGAGGAAGAAGAACACCACGGCUCUCAAUGCUGCGCUGAAGGAAAUCGCUCGGGUCAGUGAGGAGCUGUGCAGCUAUCAGGAGGAGAUCAGGAAGAAGAGUGGAGACAAGAGGAGUCCACCUGAAACCCUGCACCUCCAGAGGGAGAAGGAGCUGCUGCUGGGCGGAUCUGAAACAAGGCUGGAGCUGGAAGAAACUUCCUACGACCUCAGUCAGAUUUACAGCGACCUGCAGGCGUUGGGACGGGAAAGCUGGUUCGCUCUUUCCCCAGAGAACACCUUCGAGGCAAACAGGGCUCCGCGGAGACUGUGGAGGACCAAUUCCUCUGAUCCUGACGUCCACAGAGAGAGAGAGACGAGCCCCGCGGCGCUCGCCGACAUCGACACGGCCCCACCCGUCCCUCCUCGCUCCUCCUCCUGGAAUCUGAGCCCCACACAUCCGGAGCCGGAGCUGCACAUCCCAGAGUCCCCCCUGACCUCGGUGAGAAAGUGCCACAGCCCCUGUGUGCUAGUGGACCGGAAGUGCAGCAGCCCCUCCAUCGUCCGGAAGUUCGAGGCCAUGCUGCAGGAAAACGAAGGAAAGGUUUUCAUUGACGGCGUGGUGGCGACAUGCCCCGCCCCCUCUAACUCUAACUGCACUCAGAGCUGCUGUCACAACCGCUGGUCCUGUGAUGGCGGGAAGUUGAGUAGCAGCAAGCUGUCUUCCUGCAGCACCGUGCAGAAGAGCUUCUCUGAGGUGAACAUCCUGAGCGCUGGCACAGACUUCUCAGAUUCACGCUGCUCACCGUCCCCAGGGCUACAACAGCCUGACACCAAGCUUUUGUCCGCUUUGGAGUUAUCACCUGCCAGCCCCGAGCUCCAGGGCUGCAGGAGAAACCUAACGCUGGAACAGAAAACGGCAGAGUUCAACAGAACGUUGUUCCAGGCAGAGAUGGGUCGCGGGGUUCAGGAGAAAGAUGGAUGUCCUGCGCAGCGCCAGCAGAGCCUUUCAGAAGCUGAGAGUACAUUUCAGCCACAUUGUCUUGAUGUCGCCUCCAGUGCCACCUCGGACUCUGUUCAGAAGUGUGAGUUCAGGCUGAGCCAGGGCAGAUGUGAUCCAGAGGUGGAAGAGUUCAGGAUUAUGCAAGAGUUCCUCUCGGACUUCCCGGCUGAAGACUCAGUGGAUGAGCUGGGUGAGGGCAGCCAGAAACGCUCCACGGCUUCUGGACCCAGUGCGGAGGUCAAACACAGCCUUGGAACAUCUGAGCCCGACUUCUCCAAAAACACCCUGCCAAUCCAAAAUUUGGAGGAUAUCAAUCCCAAGAUGGAAUUCCGGUACGGAGCAAGGGCUCAGUCCGAACCGGAGGUGCAGCCAAAAGCAGUGCAGGAACCGUGCAGAGCGGGACGUAGGAUGAUGAAUGACCAUCCCUGGAAGCCCUUGACUCUGGCGGCGUACCCUCGCCCAGAGGGGUCGCGCUCUAACUACGGCGCCGUGGAGAAAAUCCUGAAGAACUACGAGAGCGCGGCGCAGGCUCAACAGAACCUAAGUCCGAAGCAGAGGGAGCACUUCACCGACCUGAACAUCCUGGAGAUGCAACCGCUGCAGCUGCCUUCAACCCUGAAACACCUCUACCUGGACGAGAAGGACCUGGCAGUGCAGGAGAAGGAAGACGCUGGCUCCUCCUCUGCUAAGCUCUUCUCCAGACCCGUGCGUCCAGCCAAUCGACGGCUCCCGUCCAGAUGGGCCAACCGCUCGCCGUCUCCGUCCUGCUCUCCCUGCGACGCUCCGCUGUCCUUCCACGUUGAAAAAUACACCUCUUCUUUUUCCUGCUCUCAAGCCUUCCACAUAGAGACAAUGAUUAUUUGACACCCCGCUCACAAGGGAACGUUCACACUUCCAUGUCACUGAAGUGCUUUAGCUGUGAGCCCUUCCACUCACUGUCAGAAUGUACGUGACGCCUGACCGUGGCGGGACCAGGACCUGAAGCUGUGCUGACUAACCUGCCUCACGGGAGAAUGAAAAUCUCUUCCUGACAUCAAUGUAUCAUCCAUAAGCGAGAACCAAAACUUUGGGUUCUGAUGCGCUCAGGUCGGUAUUCUAGCCUUGACUUAACUCAAUACUGUAGUUGCAGCGAUACACAUAUCCCAAACCUCGUCUUAAGUACUGCGAUGAGCGUCUCCUCAGUGUGCUGCCUUGGAUAUCUAACCCAACUGUACCUUGCUGUUACCAUGACGACAACAUUCUGCUUUCUUAACGCAUCAACGUGACUUCCUUUUCUACCUUUUUACCAAAGGUUUUCUUUAGAGGGAUUUUGUGGUUUGGAAUUGUUUUUUGUUUUUUGUUUUUUGGUUCCGACAUUUUUCGUCAGCCGACUGAAUGUGUACGAGAUAACAAUGAAGAAAAUGAUGAGACAUUUUGCUACUUUUCCUAAAUAUGACUGGUCACAAGAGGGAAGGGUUCUCAAGUCGAACAAUGUCACAGACCAUCAAGCUUUUCUGUUCUUUUUGUGUAAUAAACCUAAU